CGGGUGACUGCAACAUCUUGUGAAGAACAGCCAGAAUCCAGAAUACUCGUCAGUCUCAUCCUUCACAAGGGCACCGUAGGACCUCGUAGACACAUUCAUCACCGCUUCUUGCUCGUCCCGCUGCUACCAAACCACAUUUUGCACCACGUGACUUAAUUCCUCGUCAACCCCGUCCAGUUUCGUUGAGACAAGCACAUCGAUAGACAUGCCGGGCUCGCAAUUGCCAGUGUUGGAAAAGGUCGCCAACCUCCGCGAUGUCGCCUUGUCCACUGCUUCUCCACUGCUGAAACCAGGCCUGCUCCUACGCUCUGCCGCACCGGAUGAUGCCACGCCCAAUGACCGAAAUCUGCUCGCGUCAGAACUCGGCCUCCAGACCAUUAUCGACCUCCGCUCGGACACCGAGCAUCGCGAAGUCAUCAAGAAGAAUGCAUUGCGAGUGCCGCCCGUGCCUGAUCCGCCUGUGAAAGAGCAUCCGGCACAAGAUGGUAUCAAUCACACUGCUCCGCAAGAUCCAGCGCGGAUUCCAGGCGUGAAGUACGAACUGAUCAACUUCAAUGGCUCCGCCUACACGCGCCAUCUCAUUUGGCAACUGUCCUACUUCAACAUCGCGAAGCUCUUGACGUGGUACACUCUGGGUUACAGCAACGACGCCAUCUCCAUCAUAGCCACCAAUGUCAUGCAGAAGCGCGGACUCGUCGGCCUGGCUCAAGACAGCUUGCAUUUGUGCAAGGCCGAAGUCAGGCUUGUCUUUGACGUUCUUGCUUCAAAGGAGAGUUACCCACUGCUCGUGCAUUGUACGCAAGGCAAAGACAGGACUGGCCUUGUCAUUUUGCUUGUGCUGAUGCUUCUUGGCGUGGAUCAUGCUGCAAUCGAGAAGGACUACAUGUUGAGUGAGCAAGGUCUCGCCCUUGAUAGAGACAAGCGCGUGGAAGCCAUCACCAAGGUUGGCUUUCCCGACGAGUUCGCAGACUGUGCAAAAGACUGGGCGCAGACGGUCAUCGCCACAAUCGAAAAGGAGCAUGGUGGUAUAGAAAAGUAUCUCACAAGCUGUGAGGUCGACGUGGCUCAGCAGAAGCAAGUGAGGGAGAGUUUGAGCCAAGACGUGGCGUGAAGACAUCUUCGUUCGGCAAGUGAGAGGCAGAAAUGACUUCGAAAUUACCAUUUGCCUCACUUCUU